CAGGCUGUAUACGGAAAUACACCGCUAACAGUUGCAAGUUGGAGAGGACAUGUGAGUAUGGUGGAGGAGCUGGUGAAGGCGGGGGCUGAUAUCAAUCUACAAGAUAAAUGCGGGAAUACACCACUAACAGCUGCAAUUAAAGGAAGAAAAGCGAGUGUGGUGGGGGAGCUGGUGAAGGUGGGGGCUGAUGUCAAUCUACAGAAUAAUGACGGGGAUACACCACUGACAGCUGCAUGUGAGUUAGGACAUCUGAGUGUGGUGGUGGAGCUGCUGAAGGCUGGAGCUGAUAUCAAUCUACAAGAUAAAUGCGGGAAUACACCACUAACAGCUGCAAUUAAAGGAAGAAAAACGAGUGUGGUGGGGGAGCUGGUGAAGGUGGGGGCUGAUGUCAAUCUACAGAAUAAUGACGGGGAUACACCACUGACAGCUGCAUGUGAGUUAGGACAUCUGAGUGUGGUGGUGGAGCUGCUGAAGGCUGGAGCUGAUAUCAAUCUACAAGAUAAAUGCGGGAAUACACCACUAACAGCUGCAAUUAAAGGAAGAAAAGCGAGUGUGGUGGGGGAGCUGGUGAAGGUGGGGACUGAUGUCAAUCUACAGAAGAAUGACGAGGAUACACCACUGACAGCUGCAUGUGAGUUAGGACAUCUGAGUUUGGUGGUGGAGCUGCUGAAGGCUGGGGCUGAUAUCAAUCUACAGAAUAAUGACGGGAAUACACCACUGACAGUUGCAUGUGAGUUAGGACAUGUGAGUGUGGUGGAGGAGCUGGUGAAGGCAGGGGCUGAUGUCAAUCUACUGGAUAAUGUAAUGAAUACACCACUGAUAGCUGCAUGCGAGGGAGGACAUGUGAGUGUGGUGGAAGAGCUGGUGAAGGUGAGGCGAAGAAGAGCUCUUCAACAUGUUCACAAUUGAGUCAGUUUCAGUCAAUAAAUACCUCAACCCACCCUCACCCCCGAAUUAUCAAUUAAGCAUUUUCAAGUUUGGAUAAAAGCACAAUUUAUUAUCUUGUCUCACUUGACAAACAUUUUAGCUAGAAAACUCAAUUUUUGACACCCCCUCUUACUUUAAGAAAAAGCUUGAUGCUACAUUUCGAUAGACAUUCGUGCCCGAAAGUCAAAUUGAUUUGACAGUUCUUUCUGGUUAUUUAACGCCUAUAUUUAUGAAAGACGUUGUUAAAAAUGUAUAUACUCCUUUUCCAAAAUUUGAAACGUCUCGAAUAUAAAGAUGGAAUUUUUCUCGUACAUAAUGUCUGUCCCACAUAUAAUAUACGUGUAGUUCAGUACAAUAACCAAUUUUAACCGCAUCAAAAAUAUACAAAUAUUGCACAUUCUAAAUUUUAUUCAUGGUCACAUUAUUUGUUUUCUACGUAUAGUGAGCCCCUAUAUGUCCGCCUGCACUAUAUGUUCGCCUGCACUAAAUGUCCGCUCAAUGUUGAACCGAACUGUCACUAUAUGUUUGCUUAAACUGAACAUACACCUGUAUUCAAAACAAACAUG